AUGGUGUUGCUGUUCCACAGCGACAACAGCUACGUAUGUGGGGAUGACGACAAACACGCAGAGGCAAAAAGAGGCGGUCAAAGUAGAGAACAGGAAGCGGAUGCGAUGACCGCCUUCUGGCACGGAAGCGAUCCCAUUCGACUUUACUCCGCGAAAACAUAUGUCGACCAUCCUACAAGCCCCAGCCUACCAGAUCCGAAUUAUAUACCACACAUACCAUACAUGCCAUUAGGCACGCGUCAAACACGACUUGGAGACAACCUGCCAAUACCGGUUGUACUGCCAAACUUGGGUGGUGUGUCGGGUUUGGUGGUCGCUCAAGCCGAAGACGAAAGUGACGAGGAGAGGGACAAAGGCAAGGCAGAAAAUGACAAACCAAAGUCAAUUCAUCGAAAGACGCUGAUGGGUAUCCAUACCUAUAAGACGACGAUAACAGAUGACUGGAGGCAGGAACUAGCAAGCGCAAGCAAUGAUUUAACGAAGAAGGCUAUCUGGAAGUACCCAUUUGUCGCCCCCCAGAAGAUCGAUUUCCCUCUUGCUUAG